UUUACUGAGCAUGAGAAGCUCCGAAUGACAGUGGCAGUGUGAGAUCCCUGUGGAGGCCCGGACCGAGGCUACUUCACCAUUUCCCUAUCAUGGAGAAACUGUUCAUUCCUCAUUCACCCUUCCGCCUGUUGCAUUAGAAAAGUUUCCACUUCGGCCGUGUGUUGUCUUUAAAGUUAGUUGAGCGCUCCUUUCCAGGAAGGAAUGUGUGCAGCAAAAUGGCUACAGCUGUUGAAACUAAAGCUAUCCUACGGAGUGCCGAUGCCGUGUGUUUUGAUGUCGACAGCACCAUAAUAAAAGAAGAAGGAAUUGAUGAACUGGCGAAGUUUUGUGGAGUUGGGGAUGUUGUGGCAGAAAUGACCCGGAAUGCAAUGGGUGGAAGUAUCCCAUUUAAGAAGGCCUUAACAGAGCGUCUAGCUAUAAUCCAACCAUCACGAGAUCAAGUGAACAAACUAAUAAAUGAUCAACCCCCUUGCUUAACUGAUGGCAUGUUGGACCUAGUUGAUCGGCUUCAGCGGCGGAAUGUGCAAGUCUUCUUGAUAUCUGGUGGAUUCCAUUCCAUUGUGGACAGCAUAGCAGCAAGGAUCAAUAUUCCCUUAACCAAUGUCUAUGCAAAUAAGCUGAAAUUUCACUUGAAUGGUGAUUAUGCUGGUUUUGACGAAACACAACCAACAGCAGAAUCUGGUGGGAAAGGGCAGGUCAUAAGUCUCCUGAAGAAAGAAAGAGGCUUUAAGAAAGUUGUGAUGAUUGGGGAUGGAAUCACAGACCUGGAGGCUUGCCCACCCGCAGAUGCAUUUAUUGGAUUUGGUGGAAAUAUUGUUCGGCAACAAGUAAAGGAGAAAGCCAAAUGGUUUGUCACAAGCUUUCAAGAAAUUACCGCAGAACUGGAAUAGUAAAUUUAAUUUAAAAAGGCAAAUUGUACUUAUAAAAAUGUAUUUACAGGAAAACAUGAAAUUCUUGUGUGUUUGCAUUAUAAUAAAUUUAACCUUAUCCAUGUUACUUUCCUAUUUUGUUUCUGACUUGCUCAUUGGAAAAGUGAUGCAGUUGUAGAGUGUUAUUUCUGUUUUAUCAUUCAGAGCCAGAGCCCACUUCCUACAUCAGCCACUCACCACACAAUACACUGCCUAGCAGUGGAACUCUAGAAACUAGGGGAACUUUAUGUUGGUUGGUGCUUGAAACACAAACCCAUGUUUAUGCUUUUGGAUUCCCCAUGUUUCCAUGUUGUAUAUCCAGACUAAACAGGGCAGAAUGGUUCCCACUUUGAGAUUGGUGAUACCUUUAGGAAAAACUUGGUUCAGUGGGAGCAUAAUGCUUUUUUCUAGUAUGCUUGGAAACACAAUAAUCUCUGCAUGACUUUUUUAUUCUCCAUUUUCUUCUACAAAGCCCUGUUUAUAUGUUUUUUUAAAAAUGAGGGUGUUUCAUUCCUAAUUAAUUUGCAAAUUGUAGAGAGUAUAUUUGGAAUUAUGGCACUUUUCUAAAGUCAAUAAUUAUAUUGAAAAGAGAUACUUCUGUUUGACUUUAGUUCACUAAUUGCAAGACUGACUCUAGAACGUUACAUUUUUACUACAUUUUCUGAUCAAGGUAAAUUGUUUUUAAUUUUAAAUGAAUAGAUUUUUGUCUGGGGAGGAAAAAAGUUAAAUAUAAAAUCUUUUUGUUUACAGCAUACCAAUGAGAUAUAUACUGUACAUUCUGCUUUGCUUUGACUCUCAUGUAUAGUUAUCUUCUCGGAUGGAUAAGUAACCCAGGCCUGCAACACAGUUUAUUAAGUUAAUAGUGAAUGCAGACAGGUAUGCUGUGCUAGUUUGCCUUUUAAUCACUGUAUUUAACCAUUUUGGAAAAACAAGCCUUUUGUGAGAUUUAAGUUCACAUUAGUAGCCCUGCAAAUGGAAUGCGGAAUCCAGUUCUCAAGGCGCCAAGUGAAGUUUCACCUUUGCCUUAUUUGGUGUCUUAGCAACUAUUCUCGCACGCCUGCCAGAAAAACAUCACGAAAAUGAGGGUUGAAGGAAGCUAUUGAGCCUCUUCAAUUAUUCAAGGGAGUUCUUGAUAUAAUGGACUUAUUUCUCUCUUGAAUGAUUUCAGAGUACUUUGAAUCACUCCUCUAUCAAAGGACCAUUCCGGAUACUAAUCACAUUAUUUCCUAAAAGAUUUUAACUCAUGCCUUACUUUACUGUUAGCUCUGUUCUUGAGAUAUAACAGGGAGGUACUUUUACCCGUUCUGUCUCCACCUUUAUGGCCAUUUUGCAAGGAUAGAGUCUUGUUCUUUUCCUAACAUGAAAUGUCUAGAUGGGCUUCGGAUCAAUAUAAUUUAAAUUUUGUAUUUCCUUUGUGUGAAACCUAUUUUGAUCAGUGACCUUGAUGGUUGUUAUCACAAGUACACCAAUUCCAGCCAGGAGGGGAAUGGAUAAUAAAAUUACUUAAUAAUUC